GGUGAGCUUGUGAUUCUGCGGCUGCCUGGUGAAGCCUUCUACCGUGACAACUUGGCUUUUGGAAGUUUGCACUUCAGUGACGGAAGUCAGAAAACCCUUGCCUGCUUUGCAGUGUUCAUCGCACUGCACCUUGCUGCAACUUUGCCUGGGAAUGCCGACCAGUUGACGCACCCAAGCGUUCAAGGUCUUUUAGCUUCAAUGCUUCGCAUUCCAACCCUCGUGAAAGGAUCUGUGGGAGUGUCUUCUGAUGUGGACAGUGCAGUGUCCCAAAUAGUGAAACAGAAUUUGGACUCGAAGGUGCAGCCGGUGUCCGCACUGGCAUGGGUCUCUAUCUUGAGAUCUCUCGGGAGCGAUGUUGGCGCAGAUGGUCUGAUCGCCAAGUACAACGAUCACCCAGAGGUGGUUGCCAUGGAGCAGUCUGGUGGUGUGGGAUCCAUUGGAAUCGACAAGAAGAAGAUGCAGGCAGUGAAGAACCUGCUGGAUGCCACUGGGGCGGCCGCCCUUUCUGAGAUGCAGCAGAGUGUCCACGACUUUGCAUUCUCGUAUGGGCCGUUCGGGGACCAGUUCUGCCAGCUGCCUUUCAUUUAUGUGGGUUCGACUGCAAAGCUGGACCCGAUCAAUGCGCAAGAUGCUGCUUCCGAUGCUCCCCAGCCGCUACCUCAUGAGCCUUUCUGUUCAUUGGACUGGGACCUCCAGCUUUCAGAGGAAGGGCAAUUCUUUCUCUUCAGAAGGGUGCGGACAACGUUCAAUCGUGUGACAGGUCUUGUUCCCAUGGCCCAAAAGAAACGAUACCGCAUGUCUCCGGAUGAGCUAUUCAGGGUCCGGAACCUCAUCGCCUUUUUCCAGCAGAUUGUGGGUCAUUUGCGAGCUCGCUUGGAUGAAUCCGAUGUGCGAGAGUGGAUUGAGGAGGUGACCUGUGGCCUCUCGCGAGACGAGGACUUGCAGCAUCUGGUGAAUCUACGCCCUCCAAACUUUUCAUUGUCAAUGCUGCUGAGCCAGCAGCAGCAAGCCAGAAAGAGUAUGGAAGUCGCAGAGCAAGAAAAGAUGGAGGCCGUCGCCCAGCAGCGCCAGGAAGUUCAGGAGGCGCAAUGGACCUACUUCAAGACGGCUUUGGCAAAGGACCAUGAUGCGAUUUCCCGAGUCAGUGGAGCUCCCGCUGCCAUUCGACAGCGGCUGCACGCCAAGCAGGUGAAGCAUCGCAACUCCAUGGUGAAAGACACUUACCUUCGCGUUGUCUCGGCCGACAAGAUGGACCUGGCGCGCGCCGAGAUCAGCCAAAUGAAGUUGGACAUGGCACGUGAGCUGGAGUGCCCCUUGGACCAGAUCUGCACAGUUGGGAUCGUAGAUUUCAAUGUGCCAACAGCCCGACAGAAAGCUGCAGCAAGUUCCUUGGUGAACGCUGUCAGCCUGAUCAAUGACACCGGCGUUGCGCACAACAAUUGUGUGCUGAUGACUCUACCUGACUUGGCCAAAGACAGCAGCCUCCGUGGGUUGUACGACGAGGAGAAAAUGAUCCUGGAAAGUUGCUUCGGACUGCGCCAAAAUGUUGAGUCAAGAUGGAUCGACCUGUACACCCGCGACCGCAGGGUCGACAGGUCUUCCAUGCGGCGGUUUGGAGCAGGCCGCAUCGCUGUGAACCACCAAAGCACCGAGAAGAACAUAUGGCUAUCCAGCGAGCUUGCGGUGUGUGGGCGCCCCACAGCAGCGAAUGAAACCGAGCGAGGGGCUCCAUGCGCUGUCCUGCCAAAGAGUUCGUCGCUUUUGCUCCCAGAGGCCUCUUCGCCGAACGCUGACUUGAAGCUGGCUGAGCGAACACGGCCUAGCCCUGAGCAGUCGGCCGCCCAAAAGGGUUGUCAGAGGCACGAGCUAUUGCUCGAAUCGCUUUUUCGGCAUGUGCCCAUGCCGGGAAGCCAAACUGCCGUCCUGAUUGUGAACUUUACAGGAUACGUCGAGGAGGUAUUGAAUCUUCGCCUACGCGGAGUGAUGCAGGGCGAAGGCGGUGGCUUUGAUUUCAGCAGGGCCUUCUACUUGUCGGUGCACACUUUGGACAACGACUCAGGGUUUCAGUACGCGAAGAUGAGAGUUUCCCGGGAGAUCCUUGAUUCUUGGCUGGCGAAGCGGCUCGCUUUCCAGGGCCACAAAUUCGAUGACAGUGACAUUACCUUGACUGACGAGGAGUUGAAGACCAUUCCCGGAGCUGAUUGUGUCCAGAGCAUUGACAAGCUCAAGCUGGAGGUUUGUGUACGACAGGGGACAACCAUUGUGAUUCAUCCGGACCAGUGCAAACAAUGGUCAAACUCUGGCAGUGAAAUUGCCGAAGCAUUUGCAGAGCUCAAGAAGAAUCACACGGACAACUACUCCCAAGUUUUGUCUUCGAUCAUUUCUACUCCAGGCCAGUCCGCUAGUCAAGUGUCUGGCACUUCGCAGGAAGCAGCCGCAGCUCUGACAGACGCUGCGGAACCUGAGACAUCAGAUCCGGGCCCGGCCGUGCCCAAAGUGACCUUUGAGUCGAUUGACAAGUUGAAGGAGAAGGAAGAGAUUGAGGUGCGAUGUGCUUCGGAGGUGUCCGGCGUGGAGCUGAUAAAGUGCCGAUCGGGCAAGAUCUUCUUGUGUUCGGACAAAAAGCGUGUGGUUCCGAAGUCGACUUUGCUGGGCGGAUACGGGACAGGGAAGCAUUUUGAAAGCACUCAGAUUGAAACGCUCACCAUCUACCGCCUUCUGGUUUUGCUGGAGAAAACCAAGAAAAUCUCCCAAUACAAAGUGACGUAUUCGGAGUGCAAAAGGACCGAUGCGGCUACAGGCAACGAUGGAUUCCAGCUGACCAUUUCUGAGGCAUGCCAGCUGCGCCGGUCUUUGACUCAGCCUGUGUCUAAUGAGUCUGAAGUAGCAGCAGGUCCUCGCGGUGGUGCUGCCAACUUGGCUGCUGCGGGCUCAUCAGAAUCUUUGCAUACUCCUCCCGAAAAAGUCCGUAGCUCUUUGUCGCCACUGCAAGGUGACCAGUCAGCGAAAGAGUCAGUCGAAGUGGCGCCUGCUGACGCGGGAUCUGUCUUCGAAGAGACAGAUGUGGAGGAAGAUGAACAGACUUUGAAAAAACCAGCAGCCAGACAUACUCCUGUGAUGGAAAGGCCGGCAGCAGCGAACAGCUCUGAGCCUGCCAAGCCUGAAGGAUCCGUGGAGUCCAAAAAGAAUGGUGGUUCAAAGAUGGAAUCCAAAGAGCAAGAAAAGUUGGUUGAGCCAAGAAAAGGGGAGCGAAAGAUGAAGAGACCUGCAAGUUCAAGCUCUCUCCCGGUUCCUGAGCCUGAUGGUUCCAAGAAGACAAGAGUUAGGUCUGACCCUAAGCCUCCAAAGGAGGGAUCGGAGUCAGCGUUCCCGAACGCGGACCGGAUGUUGAAAGAUGCUUCUGGAGAGUGGGAGGCGUCCGCAGGAGGUGUUCCACCGUCCCUGAGCCUCGAAGAUUCGGGAACCAAG